AUGGCAUGUGGCCAGGGCCAGCAGGGCCCCCCCGCCGCCCGUCCGGAGGGCGAGGGACCCCCGCCGAAGGCUGCUCGCCGCUCGAGGGAUGCCCGUGGAUGGCGCGCGAAGAUCGGUGUGCUGGUGCCCUCCACGAACACAAUUGUGCAGCCAGACUUCGAGGACAUCCGAGCUGCGCUUGGAGCGCACUCUGGUGUGACGAACCACGUCGGACGGAUCCACAUCCCCAACGUCGACAUUGGUGAUGACGAGGGCUUCGCGCGCCUGCAGAGGAUAAUCCCGACGGAGCUGGAGAGCGCCGUGGCAAGGUGUAUGACUGCCGCAUGCGACCACAUCGCUAUGGGGAUGUCGGCCCCCACAUCCACCGCCAGGAUCUGUCCACAUCCACCGCCUCCGAGUCGUGCCCCGUGA